AUGCAUAAAAAGAGUGUCCAUCUGUCAGGACAGAGGAGGCCUGAGGAGAAGGUCUGGACGUUCCACAGUCUGACUCCUCUCCGGGUGGAGGAGCUGAAGCCGGAGGCCGGUGACGUCGGGUGGAGCUGGUCAGGUGCAGCUCACAGUCAUCACCUGCAGGAGUUUGGAGUCGGAGACGCUCCUCAAAACGAUCAUCCGGCUCCCAGACAGCAGCCAGAGCUGCGCCAGCGCAAGACGGGGAAGUCAGUCAGCAGCUCCUGUCCUGAUGGUUCGACUCACUACAGGAGACGCUGUUACAUCCUCAGCUCGUCUGUGGCCAGCUGGGCCAGCGCCGAGCAAACCUGCUCAAUGCUGUUUAACAGCAGUCUGACCAGCGUUCGGUCCAGAAGAGACAUGACCUGGUUGUGGAAGUUUGCAGGCAGGAAGCCAUUUUGGAUCGGUAUGUCUGGGGGUCCGGGUCGCUGGAUGUGGGCUGACGGUCGUUCGGUGUCCUUCUCCAGACUGAGGGGGGCUUCACCGGGCCGCAGUGACGCCGACUCCGACUGCGUGCUGGUUGAAAACCCAACGAGCUGGAUUUCCACAAGUUGCUCUGCCGAAACUCAACACACAUUCAUCUGUUCGUCGCCGGCUCACACUCACUGAGAGAUAUUUACUGCUAUCAGCCCCGUCAUAACGACCUGUGUGAACGCUGUGUUUAAGUCAUAUUUAAUGUUAUGCAAUGAUGCUGCUCUGUACAUUAGUUUUCAUAUUUUUGUCAUAAUAAAGAUUGCUGCACAAAUCGAAAUAUGAGUCUGUAAACCAAGAUGAAGAUCUGCAGUUUAACUUUAUAUUUCAGGUUUAAAUUCAGCUUCCUGCAUUAAACUGAUGUAAAUCUAUUUUCAUAACUAAACAUGUUUUUGUCUCGAGAAAUAAUAAAUGGCAACAGUCUGGAGUCUAUGUAGACUUUAAACUGAAUUAACUCUCAGAUAUUUAAAAAUACAAAAACAUUAUAAAGACCUGUUCUUGUUUUGUUAUAAAAGGUAAUUAAAAGUUUUCACUGA